UAAUGACAGUUCAAUUUGGCGCAAAAUAUCGUUCUUGGCAUCCUAAAAUCGUAGCUGGUCGAUUGAAAACGGCCUGCUGAGUUUAGCCGUAAGCAGUUCAAGGGAAGAAACGUGAAGAAUCCUCGUCGACCGACACGAUGGUAUCGGAGGUUAGCUGUACGUCAUGGACACCGGAGUAUUUCAUGGCGCACGAAUCCGCCUGCCUAGAGCAACUGUCGUCCGAACCGGUGUGGAGCACGGUUCCGCUGCUCAACUGUACCGAGCUUGCCCACCUGCCGGACGGUUGUUUGGUGCGGUUUCGCGGCAUGCUGCAGGACAUGCAGGAUCCCGAAUGUUACCUGGAGCGGUAUGCUGUCCGCUCGAAAGCGGACGGUUCCGUGCUGCGGCUGCAGAAUGGUAAAUAUCGUGACAUACUCCUGUUCAACGGUGCGACAGAAACGGUGGACACUGGCUGUAAGGAGGGCAGCACGUUCGGCGAACGAAGGUCACUGUUUGUUGUCACCAUUCCGGGCCAAAAUCCGUGGGCGGCGGUUUGUGAGCAGGGACAAAAGGGGCGCGUCCCGGUGGCGAAACUUGCCGCGCACGAAGACGACGGUGGAGCCACGGUACCAAGGUCAACCGGCGGUGGUAGCAAGCGUCGUACGGGCGAUGGCGAGGAAAUGGAAGUUGAUGGAACGGCGGACACAACCGCACUUCCUGCGGCCGGUAUGAAUGGCACGAAAAGGAGAGCAACGGACGAUGCGCAACCAGCGGCAGGCACAACGGCAGCAUCAUCCAGCAGUAGUGGUACCGUGCUGUCCGCUGACUAUCUGCUCAACUCCCCGAUCGCUGAACGGCCGGGCAAGGCGUGUUUGGUGAAGCUGUACAGCAAUUACGACGAUUGGACGCUGAACACCGUCAUCGAGGUGGUUGGGUUCCUUUCGGUCGAUCCAGCACUGGACGGUACCGGGGACAGUACCGGGAUGGAGGAGUUCGCCGACGAUUUAUCCGAGCACCAGGCAACGCAUCCGCCACCUUCGCUAAUACCCCGCCUGCACGCCAUCAGCGUGCGGAAGCUUGCGCACACGAACCCGCUACUGUUGGAGCUGCAGCGGGACGAUGCAGCCGGCAGCGAAACGACGUACAAGGAUCUACACAACCUCUUCACCCAGUGCCUGUUCGGGGACGGAAUCGCGGCCGACUAUCUGCUGUGCCAUCUCGUGUCGUCCGUCUACAUACGGGAUGAGGUAGAAUGUAGAGGGCAGUUCUGUCUGAAUCUGAGCAACAUUCCGGCGGACGCAUUGCCCGAUUACACACGUUCGCUGUACGAGCUGCUGGAGCUACUGUUGCCCGCCAGCCACUAUCUGCCGAUGACGCUCGACAAUAUGAACACGGUGCAGUUCGUGCCAAAAAAAGACUACGCCACGAACAAGCUUACGAGCGGGCUGCUGCAGCUAGCUCCCCACACCCAUCUGGUGCUGGACGAAACGCGCCUGCAGGCGGGCAAGCUCGAAUCGGCCGGUGUCGACGCGGUCAAGCAGGUGGCGCACCUGAUCAAAAGCCAACGGUUGCAGUGCAACUUUCAAUACUAUCAGCUCGACUUCAAUGCCGACGUACCGGUGCUGGUGCUGAGCGAGGGCAGAAGUAUGCUCCCGAGCAAUUGCUAUCUACCCAUCGUGCCCGAUCUGGACGCGAUCGAGCUGAUCGAGGAAACGGUCAAAGCUGGCCGGCACUACAUCACGCCGAAGCUGGACGAGAUGCGCCGCUACCUGACCGCGGCCCGGAUCCGUGAGUUUGACAUGAAAACGCUCGACCCCACCGUCGUGCAGGAUGAUUUCGUGCGCAUGCGCACGGAGAAUGGUGCGAUCACGAUGGACGAUCUGCACGCCCUGUUUGUGCUGGCCCGGUUGCUCGGGCUGAGCCGGGGCCGGACGACGCUGCUGCGCGAGGACUGGGAACGGGCGAAGGUGUUGGAGCGCGAGCGGCGCAAUCGGAUCGAAAUGUUCAGCAAAGCGAAAAGCGAACCGUAGGGUGGUAAGAGCUAAUUUAUUUAUUGUUCCGCGGGACCUUCUUUACGGGCGCCGCCAGUCGGUGAAUGAUAGUUGCAUAAGGCUAAAAUGGGCGUUUUUUUUUUUUGAAAAAGUGUUAAGAAAGAAAUGAUAAUUCCUGGCUGGCUGGCUGGCUGAUUAUUCGCAUUGCUGCAAACCGUUGGCUAGGUAUGGUCAGUAUCGUUAGGACCUUAGAACGUAUCUUGCACCGAGAAUCGUUCUUCGAUGGGAAAUCCAUCCACCAGGCCUACGAAAUUACGUCCCAAAUACUCUUGCACGGAGGAAAAUGUACUAGCGAGCAACCAAUUGGGCCGGCUAUUCAAGGAGCACCACGAGUCCGGGACUCUGGCCAUUACCCAGCGGCGGUUUCUUUGGCGAUUUCCGUAUGCUAAGCGUUUGUAGAAGGGCAAGCUGAAGCUGCCACAAAAUGCGUGCAUUUCACCGGGUCGAGUUGGAUUAGAUCCUUGCAGGAGAGCUCAUCACCAAUCAAGUGUCCUGCAUUUAAAAGACAUUUAAAAAAAUCAUCCUUACGGCAGGUAGCUAACACAUCUUGGUGAAGGCAGCUUUUCAAAAUGGUCUCCCCGUUGAUUUGCCUAUCGAGAGUUUCGGAUAGAGGCGAACGCGGAAAAUUCUUCUAAAUUGGUCUCUAAGAAAAGUCCUUUUUUUGAGGGAACCAACUACCUGGCCAAGGUGGUAGAUCGAACGAUCCACUGAUGACCACUUAGCCGUCCUUCUUUACCCUGGCCCUGCAAUACGUUCGUCAAACGCUCCCUCGCGGGUGAUUGCUGUGUGCUAUCAAGAAACGGUUGACCAUCUACAACCUGUCCCUGCAGGUCAUCUUUACCUCCCCCGUCGAACCACCGUAGCAAUCCGGUUGCACGAACUGUUUUGUUUUUCCUUCCUUUACCAAAUUUUCGACGAUUUUUUUUAUUUAUUAAUCGUAAUGAUUAUAGUGAAGAGAAGAAACUAACAUAAUAUAAAAUGGAAACAAACAAAAGAAAAAAGAAAAAUGCCACACAGUAAUUUUUACACCAAAAAAGGGUAUCUCAGCGUUCACGCGCGCAUCCUUUUCCUUCGGACGACCUCUGCCAUCUUUCUCACGGCGAAGUCAAACGAUGGAGAGGACCCGAUUUUUCUCUGCCCGGUUCGAACCCCCUUACAGCGGAGCGGAAAACCAAUCGGUGAAAUGGUAAC